GACAAUGUAAUAGUAUUUGAUGAUCCCAAGACAGAACUCAUGCACUUUGACAACAAAACAAGCGACUUUACUACUAACUCCCCUGUCACUCUUCCUCAUGGCACUGUUGUCUUCCCUUCUCAGCAUCUUAGAUGGCUACGAGUUUGGCUUGACAGGAAGCUUUUUUUUAACUACUAUGUGAAAUAGAAGACAGCUGCAGCAACUAGGGCACUUAACAUCAUUUCUAGAUUAUCCAACUCAGAAUGGGGCCUUUCAGCACCAGCCAUGAGGCAACUAUACUAUACCUGCAUUACUCCAAUAGCUGACUAUGGAGUAGAGGUCUGGUGGAAAGGUCAAAUUGGUCUUGCUAACAAGUUACAGAAGUUACAGGCAGAGGCAAACAGAAGAAUCCUGGGGGCUUUCAGAACGUCACCAACUGCUGCAAUGGAGAUUGAAGCAACCACCCUUCCCAUUCCAUUGAGACUUGACAGACAGUGUAAGAGAUAUGCU